AUGUCUAAACCUUCUGACUAUUUUAUGAUUGGACGUAGUGGUACAGAUGGAUUGCUGGGAGUUAUAGGCACUGAAGGUGACCCAGGUGACAUUGGUUUCCGAGGACCUCCGGGGAAACCAGGUCCUCCAGGUAGUGCUGGAAGAACACCGGGUUUGCAAGGGAGUCAGGGACUACCUGGACCAAAGGGCGCUGGAGGACCCAAAGGGAAACCAGGACCCACUGGGCUGAUAGGACCAAAGGGGAUUCUGGGUCUUCAAGGUGAAAAGGGAGAUGUUGGACUAAAGGGACCAAAGGGCCAUGUUGGUAUUAGAGGAUUGCAAGGGCCCAGCGGACCACCAGGAGAAAAGGGAAAGCAAGGUGCUCCAGGGUUCAAGGGACGGCCUGGACCUCAAGGCAUGCAGGGUGAAGCUGGUGCUCGUGGGCCUCCUGGUGGCAAAGUAUUCCCUGGUUUACCUUGUCCAACUGGAAGGAAGGGUAUGAAAGGAGUUCAGGGAAUAUCAGGACAGAAAGGUGUGAAAGGUCGGAGAGGACUUUCUGUAAAACCAAGUAUUCCCGUCCAGCAGAUACCAGGGCAUCAUACUCCACCUCAUGCUCCAAGAAGAGGAUCACAAAAUGUUGGUACAAACUCAAGCAGUCAACCUUGGUUUGUUGAGAACUGA